GUUGCCUUCCAGCCGACAUUAUCUCAUAUGCAACCCCGCCAAGCUCCCUACCAUCAUUGUCUGAAGAUGAGAUUCAGACAGCGGUCUCCUCGUUGCGAAACAUUGUGGCUGUGGAUUCAGCUUCGAAAUUGUAUAACCUACUCGAGGACAUGAAUACUCCCCUCUUCGCAAACUGUAGACUCCGUCUUCCUUGCAUCGCAUUCCGUGUCACGGAAGUCAAACGGAGACCUGGUCAUGUUGCUCAUUCCACGUAUGGAGUGAAAGCAGAUGGGCUUCGGGACUUGCUGAUCACCACGGACGAGACACUGAUUCAGUUCUCGCGCGCAAGGCGCACUCGGCAGACAUUCUUUCUUAUCCGUCCAUGGGAUCGUCGUCUCCUUGAGCUGCCUGACUUUGCAGA